AUAGAACAAAUUGAUAGAUUUUUCUUGUGACAUUUACAUUUAAGAUUAUUUUGCCAUAGAAUGUUUUUCCCAUAGUUGUAUUCAAGCUUUGCAGUUGAUUUUAUUUAAAUUUAGUUAUUUCUUUUCCUCCCAUAAAAGAAAGUUACAGUUCACAAAAUUUUUUUAUAUUGUGGGAAUGAAGAAAAAUAAUUCGUCAUAUGUUAUUUAGGAGAAAAAAUAUGUUUAUAUGCAGCCCCAAAUUCAGAAGGUUCACCUGAACCAAUGGAAUAUUGUUUUAGUCUAGCAUGGAUUUCCAGAGAGUAGGUCAGGGAUUGUCAUCUUCAUGAGGCUGAUGUAAAUUUCACUGUUGGAUUUAUUUCUUAAAAUAAUUGUCAAAGUCUGGAGAUACUUGUAGGUGUAAAUGUUUCAGAGCUCAAGCUACUGUGUCCUGAGAUAGGGUAGUGCUUUUGGAAUUCAGUGGUUAUUAUAGUAACUUAUUAGCCACACGUUCUAAUGAUAUAAUAAUUGUCAAAGUCUGGAGAUACUUGUAGGUUUAAAUGUUUCAGAGCUCAAGAUACUGUGUCCUGAGAUAGGGUAGUGCUUUUGGAAUUCAGUAGUUAUUAUAGUAACUUAGUAGCCAAACGUUCUAAUGAUAAUAAUUGUCAAAGUUUGGAGAUAUUUGUAAGUUUAAAUGUUUCAGAGCUCAAGAUACUGUGUCCUGAGAUAGGGUAGUGCUUUUGGAAUUCAGUGGUUAUUAUAGUAACUUAGUAGCCAAACGUUCUAAUGAUAAUAAUUGUCAAAGUUUGGAGAUAUUUGUAAGUUUAAAUGUUUCAGAGCUCAAGAUACUGUGUCCUGAGAUAGGGUAGUGCUUUUGGAAUUCAGUUAUUAUAAUAACUUAUUAGCCACACGUUUUAGUGAAUAUGUACAGUUUUAUAAAGACAAACAUUGUUUAUAAAAGAAACUCACUUAUGUACAUUUCCUCUAUUCAUAUUUCUCUCAUUUUAGCCUACAAUUUGAAUUCACACUUUCUAACCCCUCUAAAUUAAAAGAUGGUAAUUGACAAAAGUAAUUUUAAAGAACUUUUUGAGGGAGUUUGCUAUAAUGUAUAAAAUGUUUGAGUUAUGAUUAGGCGCUGUGUAGGACAGUUGGGGCAGCUGUAACAAAACGGCUAUAAGCGGGGUGGCUUAUAAACAAGAGAAAUUUAUUUCUAACAGACUUGGAGGCUGAAAGGCUGAGAUCAAGGUGUCCACAUGGUCAGAUUCUGUAUUUGGUGAGGCCUGCUUCACUCUAAUCCCCUGUGGCAGAAGGGGCUAGGCUAGCGCCUAGGGCCUCUCUUUUAUAAAAGCCAUAAUCUAAUUCCAAUCACCUUGGGAGAUCUCCUGACACCAUCGCCUUGGGGGUCAGGAUUUCAACUGAGGAAUUUGGGGUGGGGAAGAACACACAUUCAGACUAUAGCUGGCAGCCGGUGACAACUUUAUAGUCGAGAUUAAAAUCUUUUUGUAAUGAGAUUAAGAAUUAACAUCUGAGUUUCAUUAAAGUCACUUAAAUUACUCUGUUUUGGCACAGCCUGAGUACAUCUACAUUCAGAUUUACCAAAUUCUUCAUAAUGCAUUGCUAAGUUACAAUAUGUCAAAUGAGGGUCAGUUAAUUCUGACUUUUGCCUCAUUAGCUACUGAGGAAAAGUUAGUGGAAAUUUGGUUUUUGUUUCUUUAGUCUUGAAAUUUCAGGGAAAAUUGGAAAAUGAUUUUAGUAGUGAAAAUGUCAAAUAUGAAAAACAGAAUAUGCCGAUAAUUCCUGUAGAUAAGAUCACCAAAGGCAUACUGUCGAUCACAACAACUGCAGACAACAGGAUGGGAUCACUCAACGGUGGAUUCCACCCCUCCCUGGGGUAGGAUGAAAGGGCUUAGAAGGGAUAGGAGCAUCUGGUAGCACCAAACUUACGUUACAGGUAUGUUUUAGGUCAGUGUUUUUCACGUUUUGGCCACGAUCCACAGUAAAAAUACAUAUACGUGGCAACUUGUGAUCCACACACACAACUAAAGAAAAAGAUACUCCAAAUGUGAUUUAGCCUUAUUAGGUGGGGUGCAUUCUCAUUUCUGUUCCGUAUCAUGUUAAAAAUGUCAGUGUUGACCCAGUAGAAUAUCCACUGAGUCUCGGCUUGAGAGUUGCAAAACUGUACCAGCUGCUGUGUAUUGUAAUUGUAAUUGAAUGUCAUUGACUUCAGGUUAGGGCAGCAGGCUUCCCAGGUAUUUAUAGCAGAUUUAAAUAAAAAAAUUUUGGGAACACUGCUGAUGGCUAAUAAGGAAGAUAUAAGUAACAAAAGUUUUUAUUUACACCUUACACUUUUAAAUCCUCAUUUCUUGGAUAAAUCCCUGCAGUGGGAUUGCUGAGUCUUAGAAAUGUGUUUAACUUGACAAGAAACUGUCGGACUUUUCCAAAAAUAACUGUACUGUCCUGCGUUUCCACCAGCAGUGUUCGACGGCCCCAUAGUUUCAUUCUCAGCACUUGGCAUUGUGAGUCUUCCUAAUGUCAGCCUUUCUAGUAGGAAGAAGAGAAUUUAUCCAAAGAUUAAAACUUGAAGCAACCCUGAAUGUGCAUGAUGGCUGUGUUAAUACAAUCUGUUGGAAUGAAACCGGAGAGUAUAUUUUAUCUGGCUCAGAUGAUACCAAGUUAGUAAUUAGUAAUCCUUACAGCAGAAAGGUUUUGACAACAAUUCGUUCAGGGCACCGAGCAAACAUAUUUAGUGCAAAGUUCUUACCAUGCACUAAUGAUAAGCAGAUUGUAUCCUGCUCUGGAGACGGAGUGAUAUUUUAUACCAACGUUGAGCAGGAUGCAGAAACCAACAGACAGUGCCAAUUUACAUGCCAUUAUGGAACUACCUACGAGAUUAUGACUGUACCCAAUGACCCGUACACUUUCCUCUCUUGUGGUGAAGAUGGGACUGUCAGGUGGUUUGAUACACGCAUCAAAACUAGCUGCACAAAAGAAGACUGCAAAGAUGAUAUUUUAAUUAACUGCCGACGCGCUGCCACAUCGGUAGCAAUUUGCCCACCGAUACCGUAUUACCUGGCUGUGGGCUGCUCUGACAGCUCAGUGCGGAUAUACGAUCGGAGGAUGCUGGGCACCAGAGCCACGGGGAAUUAUGCAGGUCGAGGAACUACUGGAAUGGUUGCCCGUUUUAUCCCGUCCCAUCUUAAUAAUAAGUCCUGCCGGGUGACAUCUCUGUGUUACAGCGAAGAUGGUCAAGAGAUCCUGGUUAGUUACUCUUCGGAUUACAUAUAUCUUUUUGAUCCAAAAGAUGACACAGCACGAGAACUUAGAACUCCUUCUGCAGAAGAGAGGAGAGAAGAGUUACGACAGCCUCCAGUGAAGCGUUUGAGACUUCGUGGCGACUGGUCAGAUACUGGACCCCGAGCAAGGCCUGAGAGUGAGCGAGAACGAGAUGGAGAGCAAAGUCCCAAUGUGUCCUUGAUGCAGAGAAUGUCUGACAUGUUAUCAAGGUGGUUCGAAGAAGCGAGCGAGGUCGCACAGAGCACUAGAGGGCGAGGAAGGCCUCGGCCCAGAGGUGGGGCGAGUCAGCCAGAAGCUUCGACCCUCCCUGUGGUCCCGCCGGGCGCUGACUCGGAAGCGGCGGAGAGCGCCAUGGAAGUGGACGCUGCAGCCGAGCAGUUCCCGCAGCCUUCUGCGUCCUCUGCGGCGUCCGCUCAGGCCCACUCGCCGGCGUCUUCUGCAGAGAGCCCGCCGCCCCCUCUACUGUCUUCUCCAGACAGUGAACCAAGGCCGUCCGUCGAGGCGUCUGGCCAGCACACGCACCAUCAGUCUGAUUCUCCUUCUUCUGUGGUUAACAAACAGCUCGGAUCCAUGUCACUUGAUGAGCAACAGGAUAACAAUAAUGAAAAGCUGAGCCCCAAACCAGGGACAGGUGAACCAGUUUUAAGUUUGCACUACAGCACAGAAGGAACAACCACCAGCACAAUAAAACUGAACUUUACAGAUGAAUGGAGCAGCACCGCCUCGAGCUCCAGAGGGAACGGGAGCCACGGCCGGCCCGGGGGCGAGGACGGGCCCUCGGUCCCCCAGGGCUCAGAGCAGCCGCCCGCAGGAGAUAGCGACACAACCCCUGAAGACUCAUCGGAUGAUGUGACAGUGAAUCAGGAAGGUGCAUCCUCAGAAGACAUAGCUCAGAACCGCGUAGAUACAGCACAAUCAGACAGGUGCACAUCCGAACCCUCGGAUUCCAGCUCAGGUGAAAGGAAUGACUUCAACCUUGAUAGCCCUUGUGAGGUUCCAGAAGAAUCCUCUUUGUCUGAGAAAGACAAGGAACCGGGAACUUCAGAUCAGACAGGCACCGAGCGUGCUGCGGAUCACGGCCCCGCCAGUCCCGAGCCUCAGCCGCAGACGGGGGCCGUGGGGCCUGCGCCUCGUGAGGACACGUCGGCCAGGGACUCAGCUCUGCAGGACACGGACGACAGUGACGAUGACCCGGUUUUGAUCCCAGGUGCAAGGUAUCGAGCAGGACCUGGUGAUAGACGCUCUGCCGUUGCCCGCAUUCAGGAGUUCUUCAGGAGGAGAAAAGAGAGGAAAGAAAUGGAAGAACUGGACACUUUGAACAUUAGAAGGCCACUAGUAAAGAUGGUUUAUAAGGGCCAUCGCAACUCCAGGACAAUGAUAAAAGAAGCCAAUUUCUGGGGCACUAACUUUGUGAUGAGUGGUUCUGACUGUGGCCACAUCUUUAUCUGGGAUCGUCACACCGCUGAGCACUUAAUGCUUCUGGAAGCUGACAAUCAUGUGGUGAACUGCCUGCAGCCACAUCCGUUUGACCCAAUUCUAGCCUCGUCUGGCAUAGAUUAUGACAUAAAGAUCUGGUCACCACUAGAAGAGUCAAGGAUUUUUAACCGAAAACUUGCUGAUGAAGUUAUAACUCGAAAUGAACUCAUGCUGGAGGAGACCAGAAACACCAUCACGGUCCCCGCCUCCUUCAUGUUGAGGAUGUUGGCCUCUCUGAAUCACAUCCGAGCUGACCGGCUGGAGGGCGACAGGUCAGAAGGCUCUGGUCAGGAGAAUGAGAACGAGGAUGAGGAAUAAGCAGCCCCGACUGGCGAGCGCUUAUGACGUUGUGAAAUCUGUAUAAGACAUUUAUUAUAUUUUUUCCUUUACAGAGCUUCAGUGCAAUUUUAAGGUUAUGGUUUUUGGGGUUUUCCCUUUUUUGGGGGAUAACCUGACAUGGGUUUGGAAUGAUUGUGUGCAUGAACUUGGGAGAGUGUGUCAAAGAAAACUAGCAAAACAUGUGAAAUCUUUCUGCCACGUGUGAGGAGUGCUGGACAGUGCAAAGUGCAAUAUUUCCCCCGAGCUUGGGACGUGGGCGCCUGGGUCAGUGUCGCAGAGAAACCCCCUGACGGUGAAGAUGUUGGUUCCGAUCAAUUUCUACACUUGGCCAUUUGCAUGUUUGUUGCUUUCUAAUUAAAGGACUUGGUUGUUUUAAGAUC